AUGGCCCGCACGGAGAGCAUCGAGAACUUCAGCGGAUACCGCCCGGAGGGAAAGAAGCGCAGCCUCACCGAGGCGUACUACGUGCCGCCCUUCGGAUAUUCGUCGGGCCUGAAGAUGUGCGAGUUUACCAAGAGGCGCCGGACGGAGUCCAGCAGCGGCGUCACUUCCGCAACCUACACGUACAGCGCUCCUUCGCCGACCCUCGCCCCGACCGGCUUUACGCCCGCCGCGCUCAAGGCCAUGAAACAUCAGGUGCCGGUCGUCCGCAGGCCCCCCUACGAAUCAGACCUGAAGCUUCUCCUCAAGGACGCACAGGACCACGAGAUCGCGAUGCGCGCUGCCUUGGACGCCGCCGAGAGGGAGCUGCACGAGGCUACCAAGCGGGCGGCCAUCCUCGCCUCCGACCUUCUCGAUGCUAUUUCUCGCGGCCAGAGGUUGUCGGAACUCGACCAAGAGCAAAAGGCGAACGCCGCCGAGAUUGCCAAGGUCGUGCAAGAGGCGGGUGCGACCACUCUCGACGUCCAGCGGAAGCUGGCCGAGUCCCGGGCGCAGGCGGACGCCGCCGAGGCUAAGAAGGACGCCCUUCUCCACGGCCUCUCGCGCGAAUCGCUCCUCCACUGCCCCCCGCACGAUGACGUCGAGCUGGCCAAACUCCUGGAAAAGCACGAGGCGUGCCUGAAGAAGGCCAACGGGCUUCGGGCGCAGUGGUACAGAGAUCUUCUCGUGCUCGAGCGGCACUUCGCCGGCGACCUCGACUACGUCAGCUCGUCCCUCCAGACCUUGGCAUCCUCCGACAACCUCUUGCCGCCCCACGUCAUGGCGGUGCUGUCUGCCGAAGACGCGAAGCGUGCCCAGGAGACCGGUAGGGCCCGGGCGAAAGAGCUCCACCUCUCCGCCGAAGCCAGGGCCCGGGCGAAAGAGCUCCACCUCUCCGCCGAAGCCAGGUACCGGGAAAUAGUGGACAAGGUGGGCACUCUGACCCCGUGCCUCGGCACCAGGCCGUCGAUCGACGCGCGCGAACUCGCCCUGGCCGAGGAAAAGCUGGUGAGGGUAUCGGCGAUGAUCUCGGCGUUCAACCUGUUNAGGUACCGGGAAAUAGUGGACAAGGUGGGCACUCUGACCCCGUGCCUCGGCACCAGGCCGUCGAUCGACGCGCGCGAACUCGCCCUGGCCGAGGAAAAGCUGGUGAGGGUAUCGGCGAUGAUCUCGGCGUUCAACCUGUUCCGCACAGCACAGGCGAACAAGAGGAUGGACGCGCAGCGAGCCUGCAACGAGUACAACCAGGCCAUGUUCGACGUUUCGAAGUGCGAGAAGCGCCUUGCGGACGCGAAGGCGUACGAGCAGGAGGCUCUGGAGGACGAGGAGGAGGCCGAACAGGCCGUUUUCGAGACAGGGCAAGACAUCAAUAAGGUCGUGGCCGAGAUGGUCGACUUCAAGAACCGGCUGGUCGACCCUGAGUGCGAAGAGGAGGGCAUCAAGCGAGUCGUGGUCAAGACCCGACAAGCCUGGAACGAGGCCGUGUUGACGGUGGCUCGCAUCAAGGAGCACUGUGACUCGGCAGUGUUGCGGACAGCAUGCGUGUGGCCGUGA